CCUGUGUUCACUCAAGCUACUACACUACACCUGACUUUAAGCAGCUGACCUGUGCCUCAGUCACAUCUUACUGCAAAAUAAGCAGAGCUGUAUUUUUCCACCUGUAGCUGUUGCACUGAAAAGCUGUGAGGACAGCAGCAUCUUGUGGUAUGUUGUUUGCAUCUCCCAAAAUGAAAGGAAAGGGACAGAAGUGAUGUGUUCUUGCCAAGCCAGAUGCCCUUGUUCCACAAGUCAGCCCCCAUAAACUAGAGAUGAAGAAGUCUUUCUGCUCCCCAAAGAUUUCAAAACACUUUUCCUCGAUCUUCUCCUUCUGAUUUCCUCUGGGAAAAAAUGUAUGGGCUCUUCUUUAUCCUCGUGAUGUGCACAGUGGGUGCCUCUGCUUUCAGACUCCAGCAAGUCAAAAGCACAGAAAACUGCCCACAUCACACCGUGUAUUUCAAACACUACUAUGAACUGCAUGGGGAACCUGUGGUUCUGAAAUGCCCUUCCCCCAGAUACAAACAUUGGGAUUUUUCUGCCUUGACCCCUAAUAUCACAUGGUAUAAAAAUGGUUCAAAAACCAUGAUAUCAGGAAGAGAUGAAGAUCCAAGAAUAUUGGCAAAAGGAGACGCACUCUGGUUUUUACCAGCAAUGAUAGAAGACUCAGGAGUAUAUAUCUGCACCAGAAGGAACUCCUCCUACUGCACUGAGGUCUCCAUCCACCUCACUGUCAUGGAGAAAACAGCUGCUCAGGAGAUUGCCUAUCUCCAGGUCCUUUUCACUUUCACCUCUGGAAAGAUUGUUUGCCCUGAGCUAUGGGAUUUUACACCAAACAGGACAAACCUGGAGCUCAAGUGGUACAAGGAUUCUUUGCCUUUGGAAGCUGACAGUGGAAAAUUCAUAAUUCUGAAAGGUUCAACUUCUCUGAUCAUGAAUUCUGUGCUACCAGCAGACUCUGGCUAUUACACCUGCAAGAUGUCAUUUCCAUUUGAAGGUGUGAUGUAUGAGAUCACAAGAACAAUUCACCUCAAGACUGUUGAAAAAGAAAAGAUAAUAACUCCAAUAAUUGUGUAUCCAACACAAAAGACAACAUCAGCUGCUCUGGGCUCCAAGAUGACUCUCCCAUGCAAAGUCUUUGUUGGACUGAGUGGCCAUGUCCAUACCGAUGUGGAAUGGCUAGCGAAUGACACCACCAUUGAUGUGAUUUACAAGCAAAGCAGGGUUACAGAGGGCGAGCGACAAGAAAUGGUAGAAAAUGGCGAAAACUUCAUUGAAGUGCCACUGAUUUUUGAUUCUGUUGAAGAAGUGGAUUUUUACACAGACUUUACAUGCCUGGCCCAGAACAGAUAUGGAUACCAAGUACUGCCAACAAGGGUCAAGCAGGAAGCUGUUGGCUUGUCCUGGUACGUUGCAAUGAUUCCCAUCACAUUGGCCUGCAUGAUUGUGGUGGGGAUAUGCACACACAAGUGCUGGAAGCAAAGAGCCGAUAAGGGAUACACAACAGCAAAGGUUUAAAAUUUGCUUUAUUCUCCAACCACCAACAGAACAAGAAAUCUUCCUGGCUAUCCUUCACAUGAGACACAGAGAGACAUUUCAGACUGCUUUCCCAGCAGAUGGAUAUAUAUCAGCUCGUUUCCUCUUCUCCGUCUUCUAUGAUCAGAUGAAGUUUUAAGCUUUCAUUUGAUGCUGCCUAGACACAAAAUACCCAUAAUUUGCAUGGGACACAAAUUACCACGGAAUGUGCCCUGGAUAUUGGAAGGAUAGGGAAAGGGAGAUGCUCUCACCCUUUGUAAUUCCAGUAGCCUUAAUUUUUGAAAGAAUCUGAAAACAGAAGCUUAAGAAAGCUCACUGCAGGACAAUUCCACACUAAAGUGAAAAUGCAGUUUUCUUGUGCAUCCAAACUUGUUUUAUUUUCCUUCAGUCUAAGAAGGGUAAUUUUUCCCUCUUUUCCAGAGCCAAAUACAGUUGUCAUGGCAACUGUAGAUCUAUGAACUUUUCCACAGAAAAUGUCAUAGUUUGUUUUUUUUUUUGUAGCAGUUGUAUUAUUUCUGCUUAAAUGGACUAUCUCAGAAUAUCCCUCCCCAGAGAUAAUUACAUCAACGUAACAGAUAAUUGUACACUGAAGAAUUCAGUUCUGUUUAUCUACCACUAUCUGAUAGCUAGGGAUUUAUAGGCAGCUGUAACAUGUUGUUAUCUCUGCCAAGAAAAGAAUUUGGAGGGAUGUUUUAGUGUUUUGAGACUUAUUUGACUAAUAUGAAGUUUUAUUCCUGGAAGCAAUUGGACAGAUUGCCAGUAAUAAUGUACUUGCCCUUCUGUGACUCUUAAGUUUUUCAGGACUGGCCUGAUUCUCUGCUCUGAUAUGAGUAUAAAAGUCUGGCAUAGAUUCCCGUAAACAAUGAGUCUGCACCAGUCUGAAGCUGGUGCAGCUUCAGGAACUUACUGUCUUUUAAACUGAAGCAUGCAAAUCACUUACUCAUGAAGUAAAAUGCUGCCUGUUAGGUUAAUCUAAUUGGAUUCCACUCUUGACGUAGAUCAGAAGGGAGCAAUAAUCAGUGACCAUGCUGUACUCUGAGGAUCAGAAUAAGUAGAAUGACUUGGUUACUUCCUCUUCCAAGAGAUAAGACUUAUGAUAGCUGAGAAAUCAUUCCAUCAUAUAUGUAAUGUGUAUUAUCUCCAUCAGUAUGGGAGGGGAUUCAUCCAUAAGGUCUGUUUACAGACCCUUAACUGACACCUCUCACAGACACCAAAGAUAAAGCUUUUUGUUAGGUAAAUCAGAGAUUUUUCUAAGUCUGUGUAUAUUAAAAAAAAAAUAAAAAAAUAAAAAAAGCUGGCUCUGAAGAAGCAAGCUGUAACGUAAGAAUGUUAGGACUACACGUGGUUCCACAAACUAGGGACAUGAACAACUUGCACCCAUCUGGUACUGACCAUGAUCUAAUUCCUUUCCACCACAUCUUAUAGCUGCUUCAGAGCUUAGCCGAAUAAAUAUCUGGAAGGAUGUUAAAUGCUAGGAUGAGGCUUGAAUUAAGAGACCCUUCAAUCUGUUAGCAAGAACCGUCACAUUUUGUGAGAUUUAAGCCAAAGUCUUCCUUUAAAUGUUCUAAAUGUUUGCUGUGAAGAUACAGGUACAGAUAUUAGAUUUCUGACACAGUCUGAGUCAAAGGCAGCCAAAGAAGGCCACUGUACUUACUCCUUUUGAGUGCAGGAAGAUGAUGAUAAGCAAUGCAUGUAUUUUAUGGGCAGAUGGGAAAAAGGUGGCCACAAGUGUGGAAAACAGUCAAUCCACUUGAAUAACUGUUCUUUGAAGGAAGAAAACUGUAGAUUAACUGACCACUGCUGGAAGAAACAUAAAAAAUGGUUUAGGUACAUCAGGAAUGCUCAUUUUUAUGAAGCAAUUGCUAGUUAAGGAAGAAAUUAGGUUUGCCAGUAACUAUCACCUUCCCAAAUGUGAUUUGUUCUUCCUAUCUGUAUGUAUCACCCAAGAGUAGUGUGGUAACGCAUCUGGCUGUAGGCAUGGGGUUGGAUUUCACUCAGUUGUGGAAAAGAAGCAGAACUUUUGGUAUAUGGAGUAUCAGUGCCAUAAGGAAGUUAAAUACCUCAGAUGCUCCUCCAAACCAGAGAAGGAGAAAGAAAUGUGAGUGUGAGAUAAAAAUUAGGCAUACAGAGAAUGGAUGUUACAUAUUCAGGGGCAUCUUGAAUACAAGGGGAAUGUAAAGGAGC